AUGCCUCAUAAGAAGAAACCACUGUUUCCAAAAUCAAAGAAAAACAAGAAAGACAUCGAACCAUAUCCUUCCAUAAAAAAAAUUCCAUUCAUAAAAAAAGAUAUUGAAUUUGAUUGUCCACAUCGAGUAAAUACUGGAUCUCCGGAACGAGAUCGUGCAACCAAAUUAAUUUACAAUGCAAUGAUUAAGGCAAUUCCAAAUCCAAAUAAUGUACAAAAGAUAGAUGUUCUAAUUAUUGCUAGUUCUAUUGAACAUAAUAUUUUUCGGAAUUCAACCUGUCUAGUAAAUAAUUAUUAUAAAGAUCAAAUUCGAUCAAGAGUAUUUAAUCUGGCUGACUCUAAUAAUCCCGAAUUUGUUAAUGGUGUGGUAAAUGGUAAAAUUUCUCCAGAGAAUGCGGCUGUGAUGACUGCGGAAGAAAUGGCGUCAAGUGAGAAAAAAAGGAAAAAUGCAAUUGAACUUAAGAAGUUUGAACAAAGAAUUAUUCGUCGAAAACCAGAUUUGAUUCCUAUAAAAUUAGAUGGUGAUGGUUCCUUAGGAACUGCAAUGUUCGGUUGUGGACCAACAGUUUGGAUUGAACGUGAACAAGUAAAUAAAUUCUCUGAUGCAGAUGAAGAUUACGAAUAA